AUGUCAUCUGAAUGGAGCGGUUGCUUUUAUGAAGAGAAAGUGUGUGAUAGAAUUGCUGAAUGUAUCGCUGAUCUGUUCUAUGAGCCAUUUGGCUACGAUGAACUAUGCUUCUAUUGCGUUGAAGGUACAUACUGCCCAUAUCAUGAAAUCCCACAGCCUCGAGUGCGAGUGCAGCCGAAAGAAGGAACCAAUGCGGUAUCGAUAGAUUAUGUAUUAGAUGAAAUUUUCGGCUCGCAAAACGAUUCCUGGCAAUAUGCAAAUUGCAAAAUAGAAAUUGCUGCAAAUAACCGAGAGAAUGCUACGGUAAAAUCACAGCAGAACAAAGAAGCAGAUAUAAAAUCGAUGAUACCAGGAUGUCAUCCAGAUGAGAAUCCCGCGAAAAUGCCAAAGAACAAUGCUGAAAUUGCGUCGAGAAUAGUUUGUAAAGAUGUUGAGGAAGUGUUCAUUGUCCCAAAACGACGUAAGACAUUAUCAUCAGUAAAAAAUGACCGGCAAAAAUACCAGCGUUUUCGAAAUAAACAAUAUCUCUGCGACAUAUGUGAUAGUGCUUUCACACUAAAACACAACAUACAAACUCAUUUAUUACUUUAUCAUCCCAAUAAUGAAACAUAUAUGAAGCGUAGACGUGGCAGGCGAUACAGAUGUUUAAAAUGUAAUACGCUAUUUCGAACUUUCGCUGCCGUUCAGAAGCAUCGAAAACGACAACACGAAAUGCGCAUACGACCGAAAUGUGAAAUUUGCAUGAAGGAAUUUCCAACCGCUUCGCUACUUCGUGAACACGUGGCUGUUAUACAUUUAAAUUUGCGUCCAUUUAAAUGCACUAAAUGUUCGGCGGUAUUUGGUCGACAGGGAUGUUUACGUCGGCAUGAUAUGAUGCGACAUUUAAAUUACGUUUACAUGUGCCCCUACAAACAAUGCACUCACGCCGGUUUCAAAUGUUCCAAAGCAUUAGCAGCACAUAUUCGCUCCGUUCAUACUCACGUUCGACCUUACAAAUGUGAACAAUGCGAAAAGCGCUUUGUACGCCGGAAUGACUUACGAGUUCAUUCGGAUAUCCAUAAUACAGAGUGCAAGUACGUCUGUACAACUUGCAAACAAAUGUUUCAACGCAGAAUACAUUUUCAAAAACACGUCAGAAAAUGUCAUCCAGCAAUAAAAUCAUGA